AAAGACUGUACAAUCACAACAGAACAUGAGUGUUAAAUAAAAUAGCAAAUUACAAACAACCUAUUAAAUGCUUGGCUCAAAAAAGACAUAAGCACCAGGACAUAGUGUUUGGACCAAUCACAGAGAACUCAUUUACAUAUACCACCUCGACAGUUUCACUUGGAAUAGUUUACAUUGUUUUAGACAAAAUAACGGCAUUAAAUUAGAAAACACUGAAAAACAUAGAAAAACAUGUUUAAAUGUUAAAAAAAGCCUUAAGGUUAUGAAUAAGCUGGUGUGUUCCAAAACAAUGACAAAAUUCGCAUUUAGGAGAUAUAAGCAUUCAAAUCUUACAGUCUCUCACUUCCGCUAAAAUGGAUCAUGGAUUUUCAUGACAUCACAUCGCACUUUAGUUUCUCGUCAAAUCUUCAAUCAAAAUGCUCCAAAUCAAAAUGGUCCAAUCAACUGCGCUUUAGAAUCUGAAGUCCUGCCUCCUCCAACACUCUUACAGACUCUGAAGCCUUGGCUGAAAUCGGUAAUUUGCUCACACAUUUACUAGUAUCUACAUGGUGAAUGGCACAUAGUGCACUAUAUAGAGAAUAGGGAACGAUUCAGACAGUGUAAAUAUGCUUUCCUUUGACGCGCAACGCGUCAACUCCGGUCCAGACACACGAGAGCACAGAGCGGAUCAUAUGCGCGAGUCGGCACAGACCACAAAAGGUAUCGGAGAUUAGAAGGAAACAGGUUUUACAGAGUCUAACGGCUCUGGCCGAGCUGUAACAAAACGCUAUAGACCCUUUUCACAUUUCCGGGUUUCUCAGAAGCGGAUGACGUCUUCGUUAUAGCGGUGAAUGAGAGAAUACAUUAAUUAUAUUUUUUGUGUUUCCAUUUGCUCAAAUAGCAAAAGAAAAACUCCACAAUAGUGUUUUCACAACUUUCAAAACGAGGAAAAAAAUAGAGAGCGAUUGAUAACGGCAGUCAGAAGGGCUGCCGUUAUCAUCACUCCCAUAGCAGCUGUAUACAAACACCCUCACAGCAGUGUUAACUAGUUUUUUGUAAUUUGAAGCAAAGGUAAUAUAAUACUAAGUAUAGUGUUAUAAAUGUACAUACGUUUUUUUAAAAAAUGAAAACAUAAAAUUUUUUGCAGAAUUUACGAUAUUGAUGACCGUUAAAACGCGUCAUCACAGUCUGUGAAAAGGGUCUACUGGCUAUUUAAAAAAAGGGGCGGGGCUGUUCGAUAUAUCGCCCUGUCUUCCUGUUUCAGUUGAAAUUACGUCAACACAUUAAAUAAUGCUGCGCGUUCCAACACUCUUCAGCGGGCCUUUAAGUUAGCGGUUACGCUUUCUCCAGUAAGAGAUACAGACCCUCUUAUCUCCCUUUAAUAAUACGAUCUCUGUCCAUAUCAUCAACAAAAUGCAAGUGCAAUUUAUUAUAGCUUUACACAUGACUAAUAAAUUACAAAAUCAGUGUUUCGUUUAAAACAUAUUAGUUGACUUUAUCUAAAAAUGUGUUGCGUGCGACUACAUAAAAUUGCUGACAAAUUCCUGAAAGUCAUUGAAUAAUUGAGCACUUUGUGUCUAGCUUAAGCCUGUCAACUGUCACCUUUCUAAAGUCAAAUUCCAAAAUAUAGCCUAUUUGUAUAGGCUAAUUAGCUUUAGAUGAUGCAAUCAUUUAAUUGACAGAAUUUACUUGAAAUUGAAAGUACCUGUACAAAUUUGUUAUCUGUAAGAAUUUCCAAAAUCUUUUUUAUUUCUUUGUAGUCGCUGUUAUAUCAUAUUAGGCGUAAUACCAAGUUAGCACCGUUUUAACUAGUGGGUAACUAUGGUUACCAUCAUGGUAAAUCUUUGAAAAGGCAAUAAGCGCUAUGAGCGCGGGGCUCCGGGGCGGGUGGCUCGCGGGUUUAUCAUAGAGCAGUUACCCAAACGAUUUUCCCGUCAGAAACAUCCUCGUCGCUCACAUUUACUCGCCGUCUCAACAUUCACACAGUCAAACGGUGCUUUUGAUUCUUUUAUGAAAGCUGACUGUGUGGUUAUGUGUGUUUCGUGCCUUCACUGCUCGGUGUUCCAGCACCGCGCCCGGAUGGAAAUGUGUCUUCCGGGGAAAAACUGCUUUCAGCCAACGAGACACCGAGCACAACACGCCGCACAGCUUGGACAUCUGCAACUUUCUACAGAAGCUUGUGCUUUUCUAAGAACGCAUGCGGUCUGAGACGCAGAUCUAUGGCCAGACCCAUGCGUCCCAGAGGGGAGAAGAGCCGUGGAAAAUCUGAUAGAGGCCCGUAAGAGCUCAAACCUCUAAUUUUGCUAUUUCAUUCUGAUAUUAGUGCCGUCAUUCAUGGAUGUGCACGCAGAGGCGGAUCCGUUGCACGUGCAGACGGUGGAUGAACCACCGGGAGGCGCCACCGUGACCGUGACCGUCGCACAGUUUCAGGUCCAAACGGUGCUGAGGAGCGACGGGGAGUUCAGCGAGGAUGACUUGCAGACGGGCGCUAGAGCUCAAACACCGGCAGCGGCUGAUCCGAUCACAGAGAUCGAGAACGAGGAAGGUGCGUGUGCAGGGACGGACGCACCGGGCGAGGACAGCGCCGGGCAGAGCGCGGGGAAAACGGAAACAUUGGGCUCCAGUUGCAGCAACGAGAGCUGCAUCCCGACCCCAGGCUGUCGGAUCUGCUUUCAAGGAGCCGAGCAGGGGGAGCUGCUGAGCCCGUGCCGCUGUGCUGGUUCUGUUCGACAUGCCCAUCAGCAGUGUCUGCUCAAGUGGAUCAGUGAGAAGGGCUCCUGGAGCUGCGAACUCUGCAACUACAGAUUCAACAUCCUGCCUAUACAUAUCAAACCACCACAACAGUGGCAGACUGUCACCAUGACUCUGGUGGAGAAGGUUCAGGUCAUUGCAGUGUUUCUGGGUGGCAUCUUCCUAUUGGCCAGUGUGUCGUGGCUGCUGUGGUCAGCUCUGAGUCCAGAGGCACUAUGGCAACGCAGUGACAUCCUGUUCCAGAUCUGCUAUGGCAUGUAUGCAGUCAUGGACCUUGUGUGUAUUGGUCUGAUUGUUCAUGAAGGUGGUGCUGUGUACAAUGUGCUCAUGCGCUGGCGGGCCGUUAAUCUCUUCUGGGAUGUCCAGAACUACGAUAAAAGCCGAGACCUGGAGACCACACACAGCCCUCACCACAACCUGUGGCUGCCUCUCACGCACACACACACAGUCUCCAACUCACACUCACAAACCACCCGACUGGAGUCAUCACCUCGAUGCCCCCUCCGCCUCUUCUCCGUGUGCCUGAAUGUGACCUCUGACCUCUCCCCCCAAGAGCAAGGCUCAGGCGAGCUCGUCGUUAGGGUCACAUCAGUUUGACAUCGAAUUAACUCGUUCAGGGACCAAUCCACUCUCCCUGCACCAUCCUGUUGUGGGAGGGGCCAACCAGUGGGAGGGGCCUCAGUGUUGGGAGGAGCCUUACUUGAAAAGCACUUUAGAAGAUAACGCAAACUGAUUUAAAUUAUAUAUUGAAUUGUUACUUCGAGCCUGGAGUUCUGGAUCAGCCUUUGAGCAUCGAAGUAAGACUGCAAAGCACACACAGACUUUAACAAAAUUAUAAUGCACAUGAAAUGUAUUACUGCUGUUAGACAAAUGAAUGUUU